CAUUUGCCCGCUAUUCUCUUGCCCGUAGUAGCCAUGGCGGUCAUGAGUUUAUUACAACGGGCUUCGGUCUCUGCAGUGGCCGCUCUGUCUGGCCGCCGCCUUGACACUAGACUUGUCUUCGGGGGCUUCCUCACCCGUGACUUUCCGAAGACUAUCGCUCCUGUGCGACACAGUGGAGACCAUGGGAAAAGACUGUUUAUCAUCAAGCCUUCUGGAUUCUAUGACAGACGUUUUUUGAAAUUAAUGAGAUUCUACAUUUUGUUGACUGGGAUUCCAGUAGCAAUUGGCAUAACUCUGGUGAAUGUAUUCAUUGGUGAAGCUGAGUUAGCAGAAAUUCCAGAAGGCUAUACCCCAGAACACUGGGAAUAUUUCAAGCAUCCUAUAUCAAGAUGGAUUGCCCGAACUUUCUUUGAUAGUCCUGAAAAGAAUUAUGAAAGAACAAUGGCUAUCCUUCAGAUUGAAGCUGAAAAAGCUGAAUUACGGUUAAAGGACCUGGAAGUACGAAGUUUAAUGCGUGCAAGAGGCGAUGGUCCCUGGUAUCAGUAUCUGACCAUUGAUAAGACACUUAUUGAUCAUUCUCCAAAAGCAACUCCUGACAACUAAUCUUUUAUUUCUCUAAAUACAAAGUAUAUUCUCUUUAGGCAAAACUAAAUUACUAGAUAUAUUCUGUAUUUUUUCUGUGUGAUGAAUAAAAGAUCCUAUUCAUUGCUCUAUUUCUCAACAUUGGUUCAGAUUAAGGCUUUUUUGUGUGUGAUUUCAUUUUUUUUUCUAGCUUUAUUGAGGUGUCAUUCACAAAGUUGUAAGAUAUUUAAAGUGUACGUCAUGAUGAUUUGAUACACAUAUAUAUUGUGAAAGGCAGAUUAAGGCUUGUGGUUUGGGGCUUUCAGCUUCCUCUUUUAAGAACGUUUAAGUAUAAUAAAAAAAAAACUCAAAGAAAUAGGAAUUUGUGAACUCCUAAAGGUGUAGCUUUGAAAGAUUAAUGUUUUAUUUGUCUGAUAAAUGGAAGUUAGAGAAGUCUGUGUUAAAUAUCAGGAAAUAUGUUGUUUAUAUACAUGUGAGUAUUGCAGAUAUGUGGAUUAUUCAAGGCCAACUCAGAAUUUUAAAUUAUACAAAUAUUGAACCAAUUAUAUAAAACAUUAACACCUUAAUAAACAAUUUUUCAGUGAACAAA